CUAUGGUGGGCGGGGCCUGCCGCGGCGGGGAAGGUUGUGGCGGGCCCGGCCUGCGCGGUGCCUGGUCCCCGGUCCCCAUGGGGCUGUGCUUCCCGUGCCCCGCGGAGUCGGCGCCGCCGUCCCCGAGUCCGGAAGAGAAAAGAGCAAAGCUGGCGGGAGCUGCAGAGCGAAGGCAGAGAGAGGCGGCAUCUCGGGGGAUUUUGGAUAUUCAGUCAGUGGAAGCAAAGAGAAAGAAGAAAGAGCAGAUGGAACAGCAAAUGGCUACGUCGGGACCCCCGCCCACAGGUGGACUUCGAUGGACAGUGUCCUGAAGUGUGUCGUAACUACAGGAGACCACUGCCGAGAACUUCAGCAUCGGCAAUGAAGCUGAAUUCGGCUGAGUUUCUCCUCUUUGCACAGACAGAAGAGUCAGACUUUGUAUUAUUAAUGCCCGCGCACAGUGCUAAAGCUGUACUGAAAAUAUUGGUAAAACUUUUGAUUUUCAAGCUUACAAAAUGACGCAGCUUUUCAUUAAAUUCUAAUUUCCCUUCAGUUUUCUCUUCUGUAAGAAUGUGCCGUUUUCUGUAGUUAAGAUAUGGAUCUGAAAGGUAUAUAGGCACACACAGAUCCCGCCCUAGUCCUCCCUGUUAGACCUGCAGUCACAGUCCCUGGCUGAGUCAGCCGCCUGACCACGUCCACUCCUCUGUGUGGCCUUCUGUCCAUCUCUGUCACACUAUGUUUGCAGACUUUUUGCUUCAAUGUACGGAUUUAGUGCCUUUAAACUGUUCAUCAGGGAAAAUCCUGAAAGCAUUUGAGGGCUUCAGGUGACAGGGCGCGUCACAUUUUUAUAACCGACUGAAUCAUGAAUAUUUGUAGGCAAACGUUGACUUUCUCUUAGUUUAUUUACUAUAUCUAUAGCAUGUAAAAUUAGCAGGUACUUUUACAUGAUAGUAAAGCUUGCUGUAUUUGCUGAACCUGAAGUCACCGUCAGUAAUACCUGAGUUACCUGUGUUACCUCUUCAGCACCAUGAUGAUCUAUGUAGUGAUGGACGAGGCCAGCUGAGAAUUGGGGCAGGUAAUAAUGAGGGGUGAUGUAUGUGUUAGAUUUAUACAGUCAUGAGGUUGCUGAUGCAGGUGUGAGAUGUGUACAUACUGUACGUUAAAAGGUCUAACCAUGGAAAUGGUAGGAGGCUAUUCUGUGUGAUACAUAAGAGUCUGUUGAUUUUCGUGUAUAUGAGCUUUAUGGCACGUUGGCUUCUGUCGUCUUACUGCAGAAGAUACAAGGUUGCUGCUGGUAAGGAUGUUGGCUUUAUAGCCAAGGUCUCACUCCUGACCCCUAAGUGAGAAUUUAUAGAUUCUAAGAGCCAGUAGGAAUAUUGUGAAUUAGACCAGGCAGGUCACAGCCACAGGAUACUGAGCCAACGACCAUCUCGCUCAUCCCUCCGACAAGGCUCCAGGUGUAUAAGUGUGUUGAACAUGUUAAUUAUAAAGAGACCUACAAAGUAUAAUAUAGGUCUCUUGACGCCUCAUGGAAACAAUUACUUUUUUCUACUGUUUGAAAUUAUUCAUGAAUAUCCAGACAAGAUACGUAUUUGCAUUGGCUCAAUUUCUCUUCAUAUUUUAAGAUUAGUGAUACUUUUGUUAAUGGGGAAGAGUAAAAUCACUGAAUUGCAUUUUAGAAGUGAAAUUCUGUAGUUUAUUUAGGUAAUUGGUGUUUCUAACACAUGAAGGCUUAUUCAUAGCUGAGUGGAGAGGGAGCCGGAACACGCCCCUGACAGGAGCAAACCCUCCUGCGUCCACAGAUCAGCCACGUUCGUCUCGUCUUCGUCUUCAGGAACGGGGGCGGGUUGUGCAAAUGCAGGGCUUGGUCUAGGAGGCCAUUCCACAUCCAGCAGCUACCGCUCACACUGUGCUUCGCUGCCGUCCAGCCAUGCAUCACAGGCAGGCAGACCACUUGCUGGGAGAAGCAGGGUACACAGCUUCUGCCAGCUCGGGCCUGCCUCAGUGGGCGUGGGACACCUUCCCCAGGCCAUGGGCACGGGGCCCUCCUGCCUCACGGCCGUGCUGUGCACAGCUCUCCCUAAGGCCACACAGGUCACAGACACUAAGCUGUGUCUUGAACCUCGUGGAUGUGAAGAAGAGGAAAAGAGAAACGUGGGUUACUUGAAGAGCUGGUGAAUGAGCUCUGAAAUCAUGUCUGUACUUUGCUCAGGAAGUUGUGAUAGUUUUCCAUAACUUAUGGUUUAAAUAACAGAACACUGUAAUGUUGAAUGUCUUCAAAUUCCAAGGCCAAGCUGCUGAAGCAGAACUGACACAGUGAGGUGCAGACAGACAACCAUCCUGUUAGGACAGAAUGCGCACAUGCCACAGU